CAUAUUUUAGUCGUACGACACGUAGAACAAAAAAAAUGGAAAGCUGCAAUAAAUAAAUAAAAAACCGCGGCUGCUCAAUAUCAAAACCCGGGAGAUUAUUCAUUCUACGUUGGGUUGGUUUGCUGAAUUGAUUUUGUCCAGCUAUUAGGAGAGAUAUCGAAACUCCAAACGUAUAAUCCCAAAAAAUUCUGCUCUGAUUCGGUCCCAAAUUGUUUUUUUUUUUCUAUUCAAUUUGUCGAAAUUGAACCAAAUUUUUUUUUUAUUUUUUUCAGUUUCUGGGUUUCGAUUUUGUCUCUUGUGUCGGCUUUGGGGGUCCUGAUCGGGUUUCUAAGUCGAUCAAGUGUUAGGGCAAACUCUUUAGGUGUAUUUGCUUGGGGCUUUACUGUUUCCUGGAUUGGUAGCUAAGAGUUUUGUGUUGGUUUUUACUGCUGUUUUUUUUUUAGUAGUUUAAUUUGGGGAUUGCAAUGUUACAAAGGGGCUAGGGUUUUGGUUGGUGUGGAAGAGGAAUAUGGAGGAGUCUGAGCUUGAAGAAGGAGAGGCUUGCUCUUACAAUACUCUUAAUGAUUUUGGUGGAACCAUUGACCCUGACAACGAUCUCUCUUACAUUGAUGACAAGCUUCAAAACAUACUUGGACAUUUCAAGAAAGACUUCGAGGGCGAUUUUUCUGCUGAGAAUCUUGGGGCCAAAUUUGGUGGCUAUGGCUCUUUCUUGCCAACUUACCAACGUUCCCCUCUUUGGUCUCAUCCAAAGACACCGGCAAAGCCUCAGAGCUCUGCAGGGACUAGAUCUCCCAACAUCUUACUAAGCGAGUCCCAGAGUGGUAAUGCAGCUUCUUCUACUGUUCCUAAAAAGGAAAAACCUGGGCUUGUGUCCUCUAGAAUCCCCAAAAAGUCAAUGAAGUCCAAGAAACCCAACUCUAGUUCCAGACAGGAAACUGAAACCAAGAAACCUGGUGUCUUCAGUAAACAAAACUCUCUGAAGCUCCGGAUAAAGAUGGGAUCAGAUAAUUUAUCUACAGAUAAUAAUGCUGCCGCGAUAAAAAGUGGCCUCGGACUGGAUCUGUCGCCUUCUUUGUCAUCAGAUAAUAAUAAUAGUCUUUCAGGUAGUGAGGGGAUGAAUGGGGAACCUCAAGGUUGUUCUCCGUUGGAGUCUCCCACCUGUAUUCUUAAUGCGAUGACUUCCAUUCCCGUGGAUCAUUGUCAGUUGCUAUCUCCUCUCUCUGAUGAUCUGAUUCGAUUCAUCGAAAGGGAAACCCCACAAAACGGAUAUAAGUAUAUGGCGAAAGGUGUGGAAACUCAAAAAGCUGGGGAGAAACAAUCAGUAGAGAAGAAAAGAAAGAUGGUGGAGACAAAUGUCCGCAGUAAGAAGGGUGUGUUAGAUGGAACUGAUACCACCGUGAAGGAGCCGACGGAAACAAACACAUCAUAUCCGGAGAACAACGAAAGAGCCAGUAGUACAUUAUUUGAUGCGUCCAAGGAAAAGUACAAUGGCCGUGUCAAGGGGGAAAUGGUGGGUGACGUGGACAGAAGAACGUGGGAUCUAACUCGUCAUAAAGAUCCAAAGACUAGUUCAGCUGGAAGUGCUCGGGAAGAUAAAAAGACUAAUGAUGAUGCUUCAGGACACUCUAGGAAAGUUGGCAUACACAAAGGAAGUAAAGCUCCUGAUUUAGUCAAAAAGGAAACAAGUACGACAAAGGUGAAAAGUGGUCAUAAGAAGAGGUCUGAUCAUAUAGAACAGGAGCUGCAGUCGUCAUCGAAGUUUAAGGAACAUAGAAGUUCUAAGAUGAAUGGUGAAGCUGAGAAGAAGGAAGUGGCAGCCUUGAAACCAAAAAAUAGUGGCAAAAAAACUGAGGAAACUUACAAAGACUUCUUUGGAGAUAUGGAGGACUCUGAAGAAGAAGAAGAGGAACCAAAUUGUUCGUUGUCGGAGAAGGGACUUCCUGCCUUGGAAGACAUGCCUGAAAAGUCGAGCUUCACACGGGCAGAAUCUCAAAACGUUGGUCCUGGACCGGUAUUGAGCAAACUUGGUUCGAAUCCUGUGAUCAUACAAGACAAUUGGGUUGCUUGUGACAAGUGUGGAAAGUGGCGGCUUCUUCCUUACGGUGUCUUACCAAAAGACCUUCCUAAGAAAUGGAUGUGCACAAUGCUUAACUGGCUACCUGAUGCAAACUAUUGCCAUGUACCUGAAGAUGAAACAACGAAAGCUCUGUAUGCGUUGUAUCAGAUUCCUGCACCUGACAGCCAAGCUUCAGUGCAGAGUAACCCCAGUGGUCUUAAACCUCAGGGCGAUGACAACACGAAAAAGAAGAAAAAGGGUUUAAGAAAGAUGGAUAAUGGGAUGGAUAGAGAAGUUUCUCGAACUGCGGAAACUAGCAAGAAGACAGUCCUUACAUCAGCAAGAAAUGGAAACGUGCACAAUUCGCAAGGAAUUGGUGACCUGGCCGACGAUAAACAUAAACAGAAAGUGAAAGGAAACCUUUCUGAUGAGCCGAGGAGCUUGAAGGUGAAUAACAAAAGGAAGGCAGAUCAAGAGAGCUCAAUGCUGGCCGAGAAAAUGAAGAUUGAAAGUUUUCUGUUUCCUGAUGAAUCUGAACACUGCAAUGGUGUCCCUGCCGCGUCAGCAGAGAGAAACUCCAAGCCUCGAGUCACCACCUCUAAAGUGCCAAAAGAGGAAGGAGGAGGAGCUUCGGACACGGGAAAUAGCAACAGCACAGGGGGCAGUAAAAAGAGGAAACUGAAAGAAAGCCAUGGCUCUCGGUUGUAUGCUGACGAGGGAAACCAUGAGCGAAAGAAAGCUCGACUUCUUAAAGAAGAAAAGGAGCCAAGUUUCUCUCAUGGCAAUGUGAAGUCGGAAAAGAGAAACACAAGUCACUCGAGAAGAGAGCACGGACAUGUUGCGGCCACGUCUAGUUCUUCUAAGAUUUCAGAUUCUCAUAAACCGAGAAACAGCUCACACGAAGCUAAAUGUUCGCCUGUUGAGUCCGUGACGUCGUCACCUAUGAGGAUUUCCAGCUUGGGGAAAAGUGUAUCCGCGAGAAAGAAGAAAGUAGAAUCAUCUUAUGGUGAAGGUGAAGAUGAUGGUGGGAGUGAUAGAUCGCAAACGCGGACAAAGGACAAACAUGGAUCAAACGAAUCUUCUGUGCCUGAUGUUUGGGAUAAUAAAGGAUCUUUGAAAGCCAAAGAGCGUCCUGAACCUUCUCUGGAUGCCAAUUUUGAGAAUGGUGGCGAAGGAAAGCAGCCUAGCGAUCAUCAACGUCAUAGCAAUGAUUCUCUGGCGAAGAAGUCAGGGAAAGGUUUAUCUUCUCGGUGCAAAGACAAGAGCAUUAAUAUGUCUUCUGAUUCAGGGGACGGUCCGAGACUAAUCGAUAAGAAGAUACACCUUGAUAGUCCUGACGGUAGAGUAGAUACGGUCGCGAGACCAAACAUUCCAAAGCCUCAUGACGUUGAAAGAAUAUCAGAAAGGAGUAACAAAGCAGAUUUAGCUUCUCCAUCACGUCCACCAUCAUCCAGAGGUGUCCAAGGGGAUUCCUCUAUAAAGGCAACAACCCAAAUAAGAAGGAAGAACGAGCCUUCUCCAAGCCCCAUGCGAAAGGAAGUGACAGCUGUGCAAGCUGGCCAUAAUAUUUUAAAAGAAGCUAAAGACUUGAAACACACGGCUGAUCGCCUCAAGGACUCUUUGUCAAACCUUGAGUUCAUUGAGCUCUACUUCCAGGCUUGCAUCAAGUUUCUCCAUGGCGCUUUUGUCUUGGAAAUGAGCAGCAACGAGAGUGCUAGUAGACAAGGAGAGACAAUGGCCCAGUCUGUGCAUAUCUAUAUUAGCACAGCGAACCUAUGCGGAUUUUGUGCCCAAGAGUAUGAGAAGUCUAAAGAUAUGGGAGCUGCUGCGCUGGCUUACAAGUGCAUGGAAGCCGCGUAUAUGAGAGUGGUCAAUUCCUCUUACAUCAGUGUUAAUAGAUAUCGACAUGAAUUGCAGACUUCUUUGCAAAUGGUUCCUCCAGGUGAGUCUCCUUCGUCUUCUGCCUCGGAUGUUGAUAACGUGAACCAUCCAGCAGGAGGAGCAGAUAAAGCUGGAAACUCAAGGGGGAUCAGCUCUCCUUUAGUUGCUGGGAACCACGUCAUCUCUGCGCAAAACCGCUUUAAUAUAUUGCGUCUACUUCAAUUUGCUCAGAACGUGAACCUGGGAAUGGACGCCUCGAGGAAAUCACGCGUGGCAUUGGCAGCUUCUGUUGAAAACCUGGAGGAGGCCCAACAACAAGGAGAGGGGAUUAUAUCCAUUAAAAGCGCUCUAGAUUAUAACUUCCAAGACUUGGAGGGGUUGCUACUUUUAGUGAAGCUUGCAAUGAAGGCCAAUAACCGGUGAAAGACAAGCUAAAACCAAGACUUGCGACUCCACUGAUGGUGAAAAGAAUCAUCUGUUUGUUUGCCUUGCGAUUCCACGUGCGUUUUGAGCAUUUGUUUUGGAUCCCAUAAUCAUUUGUACAAAAAAAAAAAAUCCAAGAAGAGUUGUCUGAUAUGAGGAGGUUUCUGGUAAACGAAGGAAGGAACUUGACUCUUGACUCUUGACUCUUGACUCCUUCAGAUUCCAACUAAUUAUCCAAGAACCAUGUAUGGAGUACAUAUACAGAGAGCAGCCAAUAUGUAACUUCUGGUACUGGCAUCUCGAAUUCUCAAUCUCAAGACAGAGAAAGCCGUUCGCCCCAUUAUCAGAUUGUAAACUGUCCUCGUUCUAAAUAAGCCAUUUAGGGUAUUACAAAGAAAGGAAAGAAUAAGAUUACAAGAGUUUGGAAUAACAGUAGCUUCUCUGUAGUGGUGAUAGGCUCUUUAAGUAGUGUUGUCUUCUUCUUUUUUUUGGUGUAGCAGAUAAAGAAAGUAAAAGUUACACAAAUAGAGUUGCUUUGCCGAAGGAGUGUGAGGAUAACCGAUCGGACAUUCGGGUGCAGUUUUGAAACAGACUUUAGUUCCUCUUCUCUCUCUCUCUCUCUCUUUGUAGCUUUAACCAAUAUGUUCGUUUUUAUACGGAAAAUUCUCAACUCACUGAGUGGUCUAUGUAUGCCUUCUCUGGUUGGACUGGCCUUUGAUGUAUAAACUGUACAUUGUUCAUCAAAGAUGAUAUAAAUCUUAUCUUAUACAAUAAAGUAGACUUGAGUCCCUCCUCAGAGUGCCACCUCAUUUGGAAGGAUGGGGCAAAAUGUGCCACGUGUACAUGCAGCUUGCUCAAACAUACGAUGUAAGUUAUGUUUGCGUAUUGGACUGCUCAAACAUUGGGCUUCAUGAUUUAAGUUGGUCCAAGUACGGUCUCAUAUACAGUUUCAUCCUAUGCGUCGAGACAACGUAGCCGUCUUAUCGAUCGGACUUCCGCUGCAAAAACGGCUGCAUAACCCUUUCGUUCAAUUAGCGUAAUUAGCGCUUCCAUUUACUCCAUUAAACCAGAACCUCCACUAACUUGCAUUCAGUAACACCCUCGCCCUCCUCAAAGGUUACGGAUCUAUAUAAAUAAGAAUAUUUUAAAGCUCCUUGGCAAAGUAACGUUUCUGAAGUCUCAAGCUUUUCACCACCUCUGUAUUUCUCGGCAAAACCGGAACCGUCAUCUCUCGCCUCCCGCCGAAAGUUUACGCGGCGCUGCGAAGUGCGUUUAAGAAGGCGAAGAUGUCGCUGCAUAAGAAUACUUCGGCCGUCUCGAUCUUGGACAUGUGUUUUGAUCUCACCGGGUUUAAGACGGUGACGAUCCCGACGGUGUCGUUCUACUUCAGUGGUGGCGCCAUUCUGGAGCUCUCGAUCCCGACGGUGUCGUUCCAAAUUAUAAUCACUUAGGUCUUUAUCAAAGUCAAAACUCAAAGCAGAUGUACCGUAUAAUCACUCAGAUAACGAAGAGAUGAUGCACCCUGCAUUGGAGUUUUGGUUCUGCUUACUGUUCUAUCAUCAGGUAUAUGCGAUCUGAUUUAAUCUCAUUGGUCUUCUCUAUUUCCGAAAACCCAUACCUUUGCAAUCGAUAUGAUCUCCCUUGCUUUAUGUCGUUGUUUCUCAUCUUCAACUUAUCCAAAGAAGUCAGCUGAUGUGACAAAGUUGCAGAUUGGUAUCAAGGUAUGCUGAAAAGCUCUUUCACGUGGUUAAGUUUUGGAAAGAAUUGGUACUAACUUCCAUGGUGAACUUGAUCUCUCAAUCUGCAUGAUUGGAAGUGUCAUUAUUGCAAUUGUUCACUUUUACAGUUCAAGCCUCUGAAAUGUGAUUUUCAGACUCACAAAGAAGACAAAAUCAAGGUCCACUAUCAGGCCUAAGGCAAAGAGGGGCUUGACGUUAAAAGAAACUCAACAAAUGGAGUUCUUCUCUCAGGCUGUUGAUGAGACACUUCUGUUCAUUACAUUCUCACUUACAGCUUUAGGAAGCAAAGAAUGACGUCGAAAUGAAUGAUUUAUAGGAACAUCUGGCUGAAACAUGGAAGACAUUGACAGUAUAUCGAGGAUGAAAGCUUGCUUCAAUUUUUAGAAAGAACGCUGAGGUGGAAACAUCUAGCUCCCAUUGCACUAUCUACACUCACAGUGAUUCGACUAUUGACGCUUUCAACAGUUUCGUCUGCGAAACUGGAGCCGGAAACCAUAUUCUUGGAGCCCUAUUUGUUGAUCUUGAGCCAUUGUUAUUGAUGAAGCCUGUACCAAAACUUACUGGCAGCUUUUACAUCCUGAGUAGCUUAUCUCCGGGAACAACUUCGUCAAUGUUGGAAACGAGAUUGCGGACCUUUGACUUAACAGUGUGAGAGAACUUUCCGACAACUGUUCACGCUUGCAAGGGUUAUUGGUCUUUAAUGCUGUUGGUGGAGUAACUGGUUCAUGUUUGGGAUCUCUGUUGUUCGAACAUUUGUCUGUAAAUUAUCUAAAUAAAUCUAAACUUGGAUCCACCAUA